GAUUAUCGUGGGCGUAGCUUGUAUUCACCUGCCCCUCAUUCCCUCACGUGAGUGCACGGUGCGCGCUCAGAGCUGCUGUGUGCCUUGGACUGUACGAGUGCUGUUAGGAGACAAGGAAUUUGUUUUUUCUUUUACCCGGGGUCCCAUUGUCUGUUUUCAUUGGACUGCGUGCAAUCAAACAUCUCAGCAACUGAUUUUCAGGACUGUCUCCAUGAAUAUGAACUUCCCUUAGCACAAAGGCCAAAAAGUACUGGAUUACAUUACUUUUUUCUGAACCAAUGAGGCCAUUUCAAAGCUUAAUUGUUAUGUUUUUACUGACUACAUUGUUCCUCAUCUUCCUUACCACCUUACAUCUAGAGAAGACUCACAGUCAUAGACUCGAACAGAAAGAUCUGAGGAAGCCUCGUAUUAUUCAAGCAGCAGAAAAACAUACAUUUAAUGCAACUAUUUCGCCACUGACCAAACAAGUGAGUUUUCUCUCCCCAAAGCCUGAUGUGGUCGGUGUGUCUGUGUCAAGUGGUCUGACACAAGCCAUCCCUCAAAACAAAGCUUACUGGAAUCGACUGCUUUACUCUGCUCUCGGCCAGCUGGAUAAAAAAGAGCUGGAGCAUCAUCGUCUGUGGUCUCACUGUAGGGAAGUCAACCAGGAGCUCCUGAAAACCAAUAUUCAUGACUUUACGUCAUACCCCUCUAUGAUUCAGGACUUUUUAAUGGCCAUGAACUGUAAGUCUCCUCCACUCCUCGUAAACCAGCCAUACAAAUGUGUGAGAAGUGAAGGAGGUGGGCAAACCUUCCUUCUUUUUGCAAUCAAAUCAAGACCUGGAAACUUUGAACAGAGGCAGGCAGUGCGUGAGACCUGGGGAAGAGAGGAAGUUUUUCAGAGUGGUUUGAGAGUGCGCACCCUGUUCCUACUGGGUAGCCCAUCGUCUGAUGACCCUGAUCUUGGUGCUUUGUUGUCAUUUGAAUCUAAAACCUUCAAGGACAUUCUUCAAUGGGACUUUAAUGAGUCUCUACUGAACCUCACACUCAAAAUGGACGCAUUUCUCCACUGGACAUUGAAAAAUUGUCCACAUGUUUCCUUUGUAUUUAGUGGAGAUGAUGAUGUUUUUGUGAACACACCAGCAUUACUAAGUUACCUGCAGUCUCUAGAGCCUUCAAAGGCUGCUCAGCUCUAUGUUGGUCAGGUUAUAAGCACAGCUGGACCACUCAGGGACCCUAAGAGCAAAUAUUAUAUUCCUCUGAGUUUCUAUGAUGGCCCAUACCCUCCUUAUAUUGGGGGUGGUGGCUUUGUGAUCUCUGCAUCAUUAAUGCAACAACUUUAUUCAAUUUCACGUGUUAUUCCAUUCUUCCCAAUUGAUGAUGUUUACAUUGCGAUUUGUUUAAAAGGCUUGGGGAUUUCUCCUGAGUCACAUUCAGGUUUUCAAACAUUUGAUAUAAGUGAGCAGGACCGUCAGAACUUGUGUGUUCAUAAAGGUCUCAUACUGAUACACCGGCGCUCCCCCAGGGAGCUGAAGAAACUGUGGAGAGGAAUUCAUAGCCCACUUCUGACAUGUUAAAUACCUUAUUUCAAAAGUGAUUUGUGAAUUUGUCAAUUCCAUAAAUGUUUUAAGUCUGCUUUUUGCUUUUCCUCUUCAGACAGGACUUGAGUCACAAAAAUACAGUACCAGGCAAUUAA